AUGAUCACUCUGUCAGACUUCUACCAUGUAAUGACCGCCGUCGUCCCCCUCUACGUCGCCAUGAUCUUAGCUUACGGCUCCGUCAAGUGGUGGAAGAUCUUCACUCCCGAUCAAUGCUCCGGCAUCAACCGUUUUGUUGCCCUGUUCGCCGUUCCCCUCCUCUCCUUCCACUUCAUCUCCACCAACAACCCUUACAAAAUGAACCUCCGCUUCAUCGCCGCCGACACCCUCCAGAAACUGGUGGUUCUUGCCGCCCUCGCCGUCUGGAGCAACGUCAGCAAAAGGGGUUGCUUAGAAUGGUCGAUUACACUCUUCUCUCUAUCGACUUUACCUAAUACACUCGUUAUGGGGAUUCCUUUGCUUAAAGGAAUGUAUGGUGGUGAAUCUGGUAGCUUAAUGGUUCAAAUCGUUGUUCUUCAAUGUAUAAUCUGGUAUACUUUGAUGUUGUUUUUGUUCGAGUUUCGUGGUGCAAGAUUGUUGAUUUCAGAACAGUUUCCGGGAACUGCUGGUGCCAUUGCUUCAAUUCAUGUCGAUUCUGAUAUCAUGUCAUUAGAUGGACGACAGGUUCUUGAGACUGAAGCUGAGAUUAAAGAAGAUGGAAAGCUUCAUGUUACAGUUAGGAAAUCAAAUGCUUCAAGAUCCGAUGUGUUUUCGAGAAGGUCGCAGGGUUUUUCCUCUACGACCCCUCGUCCAUCGAAUCUGACGAAUGCAGAGAUUUAUUCUCUGCAAUCGUCACGAAACCCGACCCCAAGAGGGUCGAGUUUCAACCAUACUGAUUUUUAUUCAAUGGCGGCCGCCGGCGGUGGUGGUGGUGCGAGGAAUUCGAACUUUGGAGCUAAUGAUGUUUAUGGUUUGUCUGUGUCCAGAGGGCCCACUCCCAGACCUUCCAAUUAUGAAGAGGAAGGCAGUGGGAGCGUUCCCAAUAAGUCUCGUUUUCAUCAUGGAGUGCCGGGUAGUAACUACCCGGCACCCAAUCCGGGGAUGUUUUCCCCUUCGACGGGGAAACCGACUGUUCCAUUGACUAAAAAGGUCAAUGGACAGAAGACAGAUGAAGGUUCGAAUGAUCUUCACAUGUUUGUUUGGAGCUCGAGUGCUUCUCCAGUUUCAGACGUAUUCGCUGCACGCGAAUACGGAGCACUCGAUCAUCCAACUACAAAAGAUGUAAAAACGCCGAUAUCACCUCUAAAAGGAAACGGAGAAGAAUACUUGGAGAGAGCAGAAUUUUCUUUUGGAAAUAACAAUAUAAAUAUCGAAGGCGGAAAGGGGAAAGGUGUUGGUGGCACUGCAAUGCCACCGACCAGUGUAAUGACGAGACUUAUACUGAUAAUGGUGUGGCGGAAGUUGAUCCGAAACCCGAAUACGUAUUCGAGUUUAAUCGGGCUCAUUUGGUCUUUAGUGUGUUUUAGGUGGAAUGUUGAAAUGCCAGCAAUCAUAGCAAAGUCGAUAUCAAUACUGUCUGAUGCAGGCCUUGGCAUGGCUAUGUUCAGUCUUGGUUUAUUUAUGGCAUUGCAACCAAAGAUAAUCGCAUGUGGAAAUUCCGUAGCAACUUUUGCAAUGGCCGUGAGAUUCCUUACAGGACCGGCUGUCAUGGCAGCUGCUUCCAUCGCCGUCGGACUUCGCGGCGUUCUCUUACGUAUUGCCAUCGUCCAGGCUGCUUUACCACAGGGUAUUGUCCCCUUUGUCUUUGCGAAGGAGUACAAUGUCCACCCUGAUAUCCUUAGCACUGGUGUAAUAUUUGGAAUGCUGAUAGCGUUACCCAUAACGCUUGUCUACUAUAUUUUGCUUGGACUAGAGAAAUAGCUAAGCUACUCAAGGAUGACGUCAUCAUAAUGGUUAACAAUAUGUCAAGAAACUCAUGCUCAAAAGUAAUUGUUUAUGUAGCUUUUAAGGUUUUUAGUUGGUAGAAAUAGAAAAAAAAAACGUGGUGUUAAUUGGGUUUGUUCCACAUUGUUUAGUCGAGUCGAUGUUAUACAAAAACACGAUAAACUCGUCUCGUUUAAUGUAGUUUGUGUAUUUGUUGCAUUAUGUUAUAAUUCAAAUUGUUGCAAAAUGUAUAGCUGAUGGCAUCUCUAACCUUACAC